AUGCACCCAGACGAUGAGGAUAAAACUGCUUUUUAUACUGCUGAAGGAAUUUUUUGCUACAAGAAGAUGCCUUUUGGAUUAAAGAAUGCUGGUGCAACAUAUCAAAGAUUGGUGGAUAAAGCAUUUGGUGGACAAAUCGGAAGAAACCUGGAGGUCUAUGUGGAUGAUAUGGUAAUCAAAAGUAGAAAUGAAGAGGACAUGGUAUUGGAUGUCGAAGAAACCUUCCGAACCCUCCGAUUUAUCAAUAUGAAGUUAAACCCCAAGAAGUGUUCAUUUGGGGUGGAAGAAGGCCAAUUUUUGGGGCAUGUCAUUACAAAGGAAGGAUUCAAGGCAGACCCAGAGAAAAUCAAAGACAUUCAAAACAUGAAGGCUCCGCAGGCUCUUAAAGAGGUCCAAAGCCUCAAUGAGGAGGCUCAAAAAGCAUUUAUAGAGUUAAAGGAGUACCUUUGUCAAUUACCAACAAUGACAGCCCCUACACCAGGCGAAACCUUGCAAAUGUACCUCGCAGCAUCAAGUGAGACUAUAAGUGCAGUAUUGAUAACUAGCAGAAAAGGAGUGCAACAGUCAAUAUACUAUGUCAGUAGAGUUUUGCAAGCACCAGAAACAAGGUAUCCAGAAAUCGAGAAGCUAACUUUAGCUCUGAUUCAUGCUGCUCGAAGGCUACGCCGGUAUUUCCAGGCGCAUCCAAUUCAAGUGUUGACAGAUAAACCAAUAAAACAAGUUUUAACAAGGCCGAAAGUCUCAGGAAGAUUAGCAAAAUGGGCAGUGGAGUUAGGAGAGCAUGAAAUAGAAUUCAAACCAAGGAAUUCAAUCAAAGGACAAAUAUUGGCAGAUUUCCUUGCGGAGGUUCUGACUGUUGAGACUAAGAAUAAAAGAAAAGCUGAAAGCUGGGUAAAGGAGGAACAACCGGAGUUGCCGGAGGACGGCACAGUGUGGAAGCUUUUUACUGACGGAGCCUCCAGCGCAGACGGCUCCGGAGCAGGGCUCAUUUUAACAAGCCCAGAAGGGCAAGAGUUUACUUAUGCUCUACGCUUUGAAUUUAAAGCCUCCAAUAAUGUCGCUAAAUACGAAGCAUUAUUAGCAGGAUUACGGAUUGCUAUACAAAUGAAAGUAGAACACAUUCAUGCCUGCAUAGAUUCUCAGAUAGUAGCAUUCCAAGUAGACGGAACGUACGAAGCAAAAGAGCCUGCGAUGAGAAAAUACUUGGAAAAGGUAAGGCAGAUAAGGCAAAAAUUCAAAACCUUUAGAAUACAGAAUAUAAGCAGGAGCCAGAACAAGAUAGCAGAUGCCUUGAGCAAGUUGGCUUCCACUUCUUUCGCCCAUUUAACCAAAGAGGUCCUUGUGGAGACACUAAAAAAGAGCUCCAUUGAAGAGGAAUUGGUUGUUGCACCCAUUGAAGAAGAAAAGCAAAAUUGGAUGACUCCAAUCAUUGAAUAUUUGACAAGUGGGCUUUUACCAGCAGACAAGGAAGAGGCCAGAAAGAUCAGAAUCAAAGCUCCACAGUACACUUUCCGAGAGGAAGGCCUCUACAGGAAAUCAUACAUGGGACCAUUGUUAAGAUGUGUAGGCCCAAAUCAAGCAAAAGCAAUCAUUCAGGAAAUUCAUCAGGGAUGUUGCGGAUCUCACGCCGGCCCAAGGAUGGUAGUGGCUAAAAUCACCAAAAUGGGGUAUUAUUGGCCAUCUAUGCACAAAGACACUGUAAAUGAAAUUCAGCCCUGUGAGUCAUGUCAAAUCCAUGCUACGGUUCCGAAAGCUCCGAAGAAUGAAUUGAUCCCGGUAACAUCUGCUUGGCCAUUCUUAAAGUGGGGUAUCGACAUUGUCGGACCUUUUCCGCAGGCUCCGGAGAAAUUAAAGUUUUUGGUCGUAGCUGUUGACUACUUCACGAAAUGGGUUGAGGCUAAACCCCUAGUCACAAUCUCAAGAAAACAGAUAGAGAAAUUUGUAUGGGAACAAGUUGUAACAAGGUUCGGAAUCCCACAAGUUAUUGUAAGUGACAAUGGAAAGCAAUUCAGUCAAGGAAUCUUCCCUCAAUUUUGCAAAAAUUUAGAGAUCCAACAGAGCUUCACGUCCGUAGCCCAUCCUCAAGCUAAUGGACAGGUCGAAGCAAUGAACAAACAAUUGGUACAUGGAAUCAAAACAAGGCUGGGAAGAUGUCAAAAUGGAUGGUUGGACGAGCUUCAUCAAGUUUUAUGGGCAUCAAGAACAACUCCAAAAACGAGUAACGGAGAGACUCCCUUCAGCCUAGUGUAUGGCUCCGAAGCCAUGAUGCCAGCAGAAGCAUGUGUACCAACCUUCCUCAGGUUUAAUGAUGAAAAAGAAAAUGAAGAUCAGCUCUGCCAAAAUUUGAAUCUAUUGGAAGAAAGAGGGAGGUCGCCUUCAUCAAAGAAGCAGCCUACAAGGCACAAGUGA